CUUUUUAUUGUUGCACUCUUGUCUCCGCACUCCUCCGCCCUCACUGCCCUCCCCCCUCUACUGGCUCUGCGUGAGCCUCCUUUUUUGUUUUUGUUUUUUUUUGCUUUUUUGUUUUUGCAUACUUCCCUCCCUCCCUCCCUCCCCGAUACUUCGCAACCCUGCCGCUCUCAGUGACACGCGAUAGAUUGCUUAAUUUUGCUCUCGAGCUUUCACUUGUUUUGUCGCGUCUGUGCGGUGGUGGGCGAGGAAGAUGCGAGAUGGUGAUGGAGUGUCAGUGUUUUGAUGCUGGCCUAGAGGAGACUUUGUGCAGGUUCUUUGUGAUUGUGAAUCGCAAGUGCAUUUCUGUGACAAUGAAUACAUCGUCGACGAUACAGGAGGACAAGCUCGCUUGUUGAGAUCAUUUGCGGAGUGUGCUACAAUUGCUCGUUUGCAAUCGACACCUUCUUUAUUGUGUGAAGUGCAAUUGUUUUGGUCUUUCCUAGCUUAAUCUCCACCACAGGAAUUGACGUUGAUAAACCUAAGCUGCGAAACAGCCGGGGAGUAAGAUAGGUGGACAUUGGAUUCAAGAGCCGAAUGGAAUUUUUUUGACUUAUUGGAGGGCUCAAUGCCAGGGACCAGAUUGAGAUUGCGGGAGGAGCUAGGUAUCAAUCUGGAUGGUGACGUGAAAUUUCAAACUUUGUCUCGCUACUAAGAGAGCAGCUGGAACGGUGGGCGCAGUGAUGGAGUCUGAACCAUCAAGAUACGAGGCCGAUUCGGAGCUUUUGUUUGCCACUGAUAUUGCAAAUAACGUUAUAAAGCUGAAAAAUGUCAUCCUGAACGAAUUUCAUGUCCUUCGCAAGUUCUCGUUCAUCAGUUUGUGCAAUGAAACGCUUCGCGUGAAGCUAGAGAGCGAUCUGGGAUCACAAAUUGGAUUUCAGAUUGAUAAUGAAAAUUUUGAUCAUGAAAAUAUUGCGGAGCAGACAGUGGCUACAUUCUUAGCGGACGACUUUAAUCAAUUGUUCAAUACCGUGAAUCUUGUCUCUGAAGUUAUACUGCAGCCGAGGCAAGUUCAGCAGGUGAUAUUGACCUUUCGGCCCACUGAACCUCUCAAAGGAUUAUCAAACGAGAAGUAUGAGGAUAAUAUCAAUCAGAUUUCAGAGCAGAAUGCAUCAACAAACCCUGUAAAGCGUCUCAGCUCAAAUGUAACUGAAAUAUUUCAAGUCAAUGGGAAUCUCAGUUUCUCUGCCAGUGUUCUUGGUGACAGUUUUGAGACCAGGCAAGAGGGAGCUACCUCAAUUAAUCAUCAGAAAAUCACUGUACAGUUUUAUUCCACAGUGUGUCGAUCAGUCUUGCAGACAGAUGUCUCGGAAAUUGUAUUUGAAGACUGUGUUCCAGGAGGAGUUUUUGUAAAAGAUUUUAGCGUUUGGAACCUCUCUGAAAUUCCUGGGUCUUUUGAACUCAAUGUAAAAUGUGGACCUUCUGAAAAGCCGGAAAUGGAGCUAACAGAUUAUGACACUGGUCUCCCUAUUUCAAGAGGAGAUAUCAAAAGCUUUUCUCAUCGUCGUAUUCGUGUUACAUACAAGCCGAAAGAUGUUGGAGAUUUCACUUAUAUCAUACACUUACAAAAUAAUUUUGAUGAGAGGAAUUCCAAAUCUGUUCCCUUCCGGUGCAUAGUGAAUUCGGAGCAUAGACAAGAAGGACUUUUGGUCACUGGUGUUGGAGAAGAUGGAGUGCUAGAUUUUGGCGAUUGCUACUCAGGGAAUGGAACGUGUCAGCUUUUGACCCUUAGAAAUGUUACUCAGGAGGCAUUAGUUGUCAACCUGAGCUCAGACCAUGCUUCAAGUGACAGAGUGACCUUUUAUCGGCAGACCGAGUUGGAUCUUCUGUCAGCAGCUUCGAAGGCCCGUCUUAAAGAUGUGGUCAGUCCUGUUGAAGACGACGUUGUGAGUUUGGAGGGAGCCCACAAAGAAUUACUUGCGCUUGACAAGCUGGGUAAUCCCGCUGGUCCGAGUGUUAUUGUGAACAAGAAGAGUAAGGUAGAUAUGAUUACUUUAGCUAAGGGCGAGGAGAAAAAUCUGCUUGUGUGGCUUUUUCCAGCAGGCGCAUCCGAUGACUUGAAGGCCGCAAGGUUGCAAAGACGCAAUUUUCGACUGUCACUGAAAUGUGCCGAAAAGAAAGGAUACAGCAAGCAGCGCUUUUCAAAAAUUAUUCAGUGCAAAGCUCAAAUAUGCACUUCUAUUGUGAAGCUUUCGACUCAGGAGCUCAACUUUGGUGAUUGCAACGUUGGCUCAACAAAAGCAUCAAGUGUGCAGAUUCAUAAUCUCUCUGAUCUCCCAGCACUCAUCACUCCAUAUGUUACAUCAACUAUACUUAGCAUAAAAAGUCAAGCUGAGCGAGUUUCUAUCCCAGCUCGUCAGACGCACAGUUUGGAUAUAGAUCUUGUCCCUCUUAAGAUCAAUCAUAAGUAUAGGAAGCAAAUUAGAGUUGACAAUCUUUUGAACAAGGAAAAUAAUCAGGUACUGGAGGUUCGAGCAAAGAUAAUGGACCGUCAUCAUGUUCUGUUUCACUCUGUAUACUACAAAUUGCAAACCCCAUCUUUGAGCAACUUCAUCACUUUUGACAAUGCUGUUGUCAACAACCCAUGUGUGAAGAUUAUGUCCGUUGAAAACAUCACGGAUAAAGAACUAGUUCUUGAUUUUAAUACCAAUAUGCCGGAAGAAUUGAGUAUUUAUACUCUACAAGAUAACUCUUCAUCAGAAUGUGAGGAGCUUGGCGUUGGCGAUGAAUGCAGCCUUUCAAGUGAAACAAGCGAAGAGGACAUUCAUGAGAACCGAAAGAGAGCUUACGCAGCAUCUAUCAACAAAGAGAAAAUUCUCGAAACACUUGAAGAGUCUCAGCCUCGACUAAGUAAAGCAAUUGUCGAUUCUGCUCCAUUCCCUUUGCAGCAGGGUCAUUCAAAGACAGCGGCCUCUAGAUCUUCAUUUUCCUCGCCAGAGAAGAAGGCGAGAAUGAGAAUGUCGUUAGAUCUCUCAUCAAGCCCGCUAUCAACCAAUCUAACAAGUCUUCCAAGUCUGGACACUGGCCCUCUUGCUAUUUCAGCAAUCACGAAUGAUUCGUCAGAUAAGGUUGUGGCCGAUGUGAAGUCAUUUGGAGCUACUGAUCAGAACGCUCAACCAGGAACGUUGAAGAGGGUGCAAAGUGAUGCAAUGCUCAUUGCCGCUGAUGACGCCUCUGGAAUUCUUGCAUCCUCUCGGAGAAGUUCUUCGGAUGACGACUAUCUCGAAGAAGUCCUAACUAGGCUUGGAUGUGAAGCGCUUUUGGAAUUCUCGUUCACGGAUGAGGAUGGUGUGAAGAAGUUCAUCGACAGUCAUAUCAGAGACAGAGAACUCACCAUGCACGCUGUAGAAGAUAUUCCACAUUCUUUGUUGCCUGUUGGGAGGCUUGAGCUUCUACCAGGUGUAUCUAGGAACCUGUAUGUUAUACUGGUUGUAGAUGGAAACUCACACACUGAUCUGCAAGGGCGGCUAAAGAAACUUGAUGCGAAGGUCACCAUUCAAAUGAUUGAGUAUGACAAGGAGCGUCAGGAACAUCUGGAACCUGGUUUUCUGGAGCCGACAGUUGAUGAUGAUCUCUUGACUCGAGAGAUUCCUGUAGAGAUUAAAGUCUGUCGGGCACUUUUGUCCAUUGCUCAAAAGAAUAUCAGCUUUGGUAAGCUGUUUACCAACGAACAUCGAGCAAAAACAUUAGUAUUAAAUAACGUUUCAGAUGUUCCUCUCCCGUAUAAGAUCAAGAAAUCAGGUUCUAUUGCUUCUGGUGAUUUGCAUAUCAUUGAUGGGCGUACUGGGGUGCUGCAACCCCACAGCAGCCAGGAAGUGAACUUUGUAUUUCAGCCUUCAUUGAGUGGAUCGUUUUAUGAGACACUCGUAGUUAGCAAUGUAUAUGAUCCCAGCAAUGAUCAGGUAGUGACUUUAAAGGCCACAAUCAGCCGGGCUGAAACUUUCUGGCUGAAAAGCAACAGCAUCAACUUUGGGGCAGUUGUAUCAGGCCAAUGGUCUUCCCCACAGAGCUUCGUGUUUUCUAACACAAGUAAACAAUCACGAACCUUUAUGUUGAGAGAAGUUGAGUGUGCAGUCGAGAAAAAAGGUCUCCCCAUGUCAGCUAAUUUGGAGACUACACUUGCACAUCCUGCUCUGAGAAAAUUGAGGUUUGUAAUUGAGGCAAAGAAAGAAACCCUUCAAGGUUAUCUGCGGCCUGAGCAAGAAGCUAUUGAAGCUUUAGAAAGAAAAGCACUAGCUUAUGAGCGUAAAGGCAAGGCAGAUAAAGUAAUCAAAAUUAGAAAAGAGAUCGAGGAACUUAAGGGCAAAGAAACGGGAAACGGAAAUAUUUGUAAACACGAAGAAGUAGUUUCUGGUGAUGGUUUGGAUCACAUGUGUGAGAGCAAAGUUAAACAAAGUCCUUCGAAUCAUCUGUCGAACUCCAUAAGUGGUGACGUACCUUUAAAUGUGGAGAAGGAUAAGGAUCUCACUUCAAAAAGCUCAGACGGAUUCAUCAGCUUUACUCUGAAGGCAAAUGAAUCUCAGGUUGUACUUGUGAGCUGUUAUGCAUGGAUGCCAGAACCCACGCCUUUGGGCGAACAGAUUAAAGGAGCAUUUCUCGCUUAUGAAAGCAAAAAUCAGGAUGUUGUGAAGCAUGUAGAAUUUGAAGCAACUGUUUGCUCUGAUAAUUCUUUUCAUGAGGACCAUUCUCUGAGCUCAAUGAGACAGGUUCCGAAUAACAAGACUGGGGAAGACUCUCCAAAUUCUUUACUUUCACUAUCUCCUACUGUUACACCUGAUAGCUCUGUUCCAACGUCUCCUAGUGGCGGUCGGACUCCGCAAAUGCUAUCUAGUCAUCAGGCUUCAAGAAUGUCAUCCGCAUCAAGUUUGUUUGCUUCUAUUGAGCCUGUUGACCUAAACUUUGAUGGCGGUAUUGGUGUAGCAACUUCAACUUCGUGCAAGUUAUCGAAUGACCUUGAGCACUUAACAACUGCAACAGGGUCUUUUCGCUCAGAGAAGGUAGCUUUCCCUAUCAAUGAAAAGGAUAGCGUUGUUAUGGAUGAGUGCAAUCCUUCUAGCCCCAAAGCUCUUUUUAAAGUAGACCUUUUGCAACUUGGAAAACUACAGUCGCUUCUAAAAGAUGAGCAACGAACAAAUGAAGCCAAAUCAUUAUCCUUAGUAGAACAGAGUAAAUUUCUGAUGGGUAAGGAACUUGCUGGAGAAGUUGUUCUGGAAGAUCAUGCUGGGGGAGACAUGAUGGAGGCAUCCUAUCUUUUGAGAUCAAUGUGUCCACACGAUAUCUGGAUUCACUUUGUUCUUGAUUGGCCGAGGGCUCGUGAUCUUCAGUUAUGGGUUAGCGACCUUGGUGUUGAUCAAUGUAGCAAUGCCAGCAGUGGUAUCACUUCUGGGUUGGCAGGUGCCAGAUCUGAGAAUGGAAGCUGGAGUAGACCUGCUUUUCCUUCUCAACCAACACAACUACAAUGGUAUCAGCUAGAAAGCCAGGGAUUGGAAAAGGUUUCGAUUGACACACCGAAGUUGAUGACUUCCUCGUGUCUUAAAGGGGGUAUGGGUCAGUGGAUUACGCUUCGUAUGAUUGAUGAUGUUUCUCUAAGGUGUGUUUAUCCGGUGAGAAAGGAUAUUUUGAACACAGAAGAUUCUGCGAUGACCAAUGAUUGUAUUUGUGGUCAAGGAUUUGGGAUGGGAACUUUAACAAUGCAAUCUCAACCAAGUGGAAAACCUGUUCAAUUGCUGGUUCGUGCUAAGCAGGUGGAGAAAUUUCUGAAAAUUGAACCUGCAGACAUUUUGUUUCCGGAGUCGGAUUUGUCGACUGUUCUGAUGAAGGAGAUUACGAUUUCAAAUAGAUCGAGGUCUAGAAUUGAAUACGACAUAAAGGUGUCCGGUGUGAACGUGCCAGUUUUCUCUAAGGUUCUUGACAAAUCACCUGCGGAAGGCAGACUUUCUUCCUUGAACGACUCAGUCGUUUCUGUGACUCCUGCCUACGGACGUAUAGAUGGAAAUGGAUCUGUGACUGCCAAAAUAGUCUGCAAACCCGUGAAAUCUGGGAAACAAUCCUACACAAUCCACCUUCGGAGUUCCUUUUGCUUGGCUGAAAGUCAAGUAUGUGUUACAAUGGCUCCUCGCAAAGUGCAGCGGCUGCGGUUGCCAGAUUUUCCAUUGGGGUCUGUUCUUGAUAUGGGCUAUUGUUUUAUCAAUGCUCCCGAAGGUUCAAAAGUGGCUCCCUUGAGGCUGGAAAACCUUCAUGAUAAGCCUCUUUCCUUAGCGUUUCGAUCAAACCUUGCUAAGCAGGCGUUUAUCUCACUAAAUCCUUCUGGUUCCUCUCGGACAGAUGAAAUGCAAUUACAGGGAGCCAGUUCAGAAACUGUGUACUUGUGUUUGCGACCAGGUGGGGAUGCUUCAGCUUACAAAAAUGGACGUUGCAGAGAGGUUAUUGGCGGAAUGAGGAUUUCAGUCAAGUCAACAGACACUACUAUGAGCCCUAGUAAUUCUCAAGAAGAUGUUCAGGAUGAAAUUAUGGUGAAGUUCAGGGCAAUGGUGGGACAAAGCCUUCUUCAGGUUUCUACCUCGCUUGUAGAUCUUGGACGUUUAAAGGAAAUUGGAGGAUUCAUAUCAGGGUUUUUUGUAGUAUCCAAUCCCAGUAAUCAAAUGCCCUUACAUUUUUCUCUUUCAGCUGGUAAGUCAAUAUUAUCAGUUUUGAAGGGUUAUCUAAUUGGAAAAGAGGCCACAUCAUCAACAAGCAGUGAGGAGAAGUCUGAAAUAGCUAUUGGGUAUUGCUUGCCAGUAGCAGAGUAUGGGCUUAUUGAAGACCGUGUUGUCGUGCAAAACCUUUCUUGCCCAGGACAGAAUGCUGAAGUGAUGUUGCGAGUUUAUGUGGACCGUGGCAAUCUUAAAUGUCACGUUCAGCCUCCUAAUCAGCGCUUGCAGUGCUUCAAUUCAGAAGGGGAGGAUAUACUCGCGACUGAGAAUCUAUUUUCAGACGAAUAUUACAGAUUUUCAAAUCUAUCUGCCAUAUCUACUGUAGCAAAGGACGUCGAAAAGAUUUUGGCUUUUGAAGGGUUGUCACCUAGAAGGACUUAUUCAUUACCUACAGUGAAUUCUGAGCUUGAGAAUUUUCAAGACAGGCCCAAUUUUAAUGUAGACAGCAUAGCAGGUCCAUUGCAAGACAACCACUACCUCGACAUGGGGAUUGUAUAUGUAUCACUUGUUGCUGGUGGGAUAGAGGUGGGGAGCGGCAGUACCACUGACAGAGAGGUGAAAAGUUCGGCCGGAUAUUCUAUAUCCGAUCUUCGUCCGUAUCACGCUUCUCUGCUUCUGACGAAUUCGUCAGACGAAGUUCUCACUCUGCAACCUGUUAGUACUUUACCAUUGCAAGUUUUUGUGGAAAACCAGGGUGUGUGUCAAAUGUUUGAUAAAUCAUCGGGAAUAGUUGAUUCAGAUUCUGGACAGAAUAUCUGGAUGACCAGUUCUGCCUUAAAGGAAGCACCUGGAAGCUUAUCUGAUUGGAGCUCAUGUGGAAAAAAAUUUAGCAUUUUGCCUGGAUCUGCGGUUCGAUUACUAGUGGCUUGUGGUGGAGUUCAGCCUUUGUCAUCUAUGGAUGUAUCCCUUUUGGAAAAGGGAAAGCUGUGUGCUUUCGAGGGACUUCUGGCAUUUUGCAAGUCUAAUGUCAUUGAAAUUUCGGAGGAUUUCAAAUGUGAGGUUACUGCUCUACAAGAAGAGUGGAACUUUUCUCAGUUUCUAGAGUUUUUAACUGUAAAAGGGUCAAUGUGCGUGUCUUAUGGGGAGGUUGAAAUGAAAGAGAUAAAUCUUGGUAAAGUUGGUGAUGCGAAUGGAUGGCAAGAUCUCGGGUUUGAUGUAGAAGUUCACAAUAGCAGUGAUGCGAAAAUGAUAUUUCAGAUCACUGAUGCCCCCGAUAUUUUCUCAUUUUCAUUUCAAGGAUUAGAAUUGGUUCCUUCAGAAGACGGGUUUACUCCUUGUCAUGUUCCUGCGAGGGAAUUGAACUCCAUCCAGGUCAUUUUGCAUUUAUCAAAGCUGGAGCAUAAGAAGGAGGCUAGGACAUGGUCGUGGAAGCUAUGCUUAGUGAACUGCAACAAUCGGAAAAAUAUUAUGGAAGUUUCUAUUUUUGCAGAAAUGACCGUUCGCAACCUGCGAUUUGUGGGCCUUACGGAUUCGAUAGUAACUUUGCCACCUCUUACUGUGCCUUUGCAACCCAAUACGCCACCUUGCAGUAGGAGAUUUUCGGUGGAAAACCUUUCGACAGAGCCGAUUGGUGUAGCACUGGAAUUGCAUCAAGUUGAAGACACUGAGUCGCUGGUAAUGCUGGAGGUUACAUCAAACGAAAAUAAUUCUUCGAUUACAGAUCUGACUCUGCAGCCUGGAGAAACAAUGGAGCUGCAGGUAGGGGCUCGGCUGGUGUCCGAUUUCAUCCCUCAUGCUAUCAGAUCAGAUGAUGUGGAGAGGCACAGCAAUAGUUAUACAAUCAGUCCUAGAGGCUCACUUGAGAAUGAAGACAAAGCCUUCGCAGCAGCAGCAUUAAUGAAUAUGAAACCCCAAGAAUCCUCUGAGAUGUCCUGGAUAUCCAUCUCAAAUUCUGAUUUAGUUAGUUCUUAUGGCUCUCGGAUGGUCAGUAAGAGGAGUACCACCGAUAGUACUGGUUUUCGAGAAGACGGCACUUUUUGCAGUGAAGAAAAUCUAUCAGAUACGUUAUCGAUGGUGUGCCUAGGGCACAUGUAUUUGUAUUCGUCUCCUUUACCUGACUGCAUCGAUAUUUUUGGAACUCUCAUUCAAGGUCCAAUGCUUGGUGUGUCGCCCAGUUCUUUGCAUUUUGAGGCAAAUGUUGUAGAAAGAGAUAUCCUCAACCAUGCUGAUGAUGCUGGAAAUGGGUUCGACACAACUCAGGCAAUUUCUAAUUCAAAUGUGGAAUACGAUUCGACAAGUCUUCGACUUGGAACAUGGAAUGGAUGGAAUGAGAAAUCUAGUUUUUCACAGAAAUUAGUCGUUCAGAAUUACCUUGCUUUUGACCAUCUGCACCUGAAGGUCUGGGAUCAACAAUCAUUGUCAGAUGGUUUCGGUACCCAAUUACGUUUUUUGGAGGUUCAUCCUCGGGAGGCGCUGGUCCCUCCUAAGAGCAGUGUUGAUAUCAUUGUGAAAUUUCCCUCAUGGUCAGAUGAAAUGUGCGAGGCUUUCUCGAGGCAGGUCUCUGAAGGUCAUUGCACAGCUGAAUGUCUUACGGCAUCUGUAUUUAUUCAAGAUGUUGAAGAGCGUGAUAGCCGUCAAAAGGUUGAUGUUUUCAUAAUGCCACCAUUGGUUCCACAGAAUUCACCUUUUCAGGCCGCAGGGCUUGAUACACAAACUCAAGAUGGUACAAGCAGAGCUUGCGAUUCUGCUAUCAAGGAACUUGUCAAAAGUGUUAACCACUCAAAACCAAGGUUACCAGUUCUUGGCCUUCGGGGUUGUACAGCUGUUAAUGGAAGCUCAUUAUGUUACGAGUUUAAUCUAGGUCAACAGAACAUUUCAUCGGGUGGUCAUCGGCAUUGGAAUCUAAUAAUUGUGGGGGAUCAAGAACGACCGAUUUCAUAUCGCCUUUGCACAAUUAGUGAUGGAGACGCAGGAUGGCUUAGUAUUAGCAGCUCGUCAGGGAUUGUGGAGUCUUUGCGGCAGAAUAUUGUGAAGCUUUCUUUUUCAACUAAAGCGAUGGGGGUGUACUCUACUUAUCUUGUAGUGGAAAAUCUCGACAAUCCAGCUGACUUGAAAACAGUGCAUCUCAGCAUGGAGGUUGUAGCUCUGAAGAAUGCUCGUCCGGAGGCCCCAUUAGUGCCCUUUUUUUAUGUUCUGGUGCAAGGAGACAGGGCAGAAGGUGUUGCCAUAGAUAUGGCAGAAAUCUACUACAAUUUCUGGUAUCGAAAUCGUUCUUUUGUCAUAGUGAAUGAAGCAUCAGUCGCCAUGGAGUUUCUUCUCUCGUCUACCUUGGAUCACAAUGACUCUACAGAGCUCAAUUUCUCACUCGAAAAUACAUCUUUGAAGCGAUUCAGCUCUGUGACCAUUGAUGCCAAGAGCAGUAUUCGGCUUUGGAUCCACUUCUGCAUUGGUGCACCUAAAGAGGAACCACUCGCAGAAGAUAUGUGCGAUGAAUUGUCUGCUACAAUUUUUGUGAACUGCCGGCUUGUGAAAGAUUACCAACGGUGUAUACCGUUUCGGGCGAAAUGCCGGUACCCGCAGAUUGGAAUUUCCUCUACUGAUGUUGUCUUCUCGACAAGGAAGCAUGGAAGUGACCAUACUUUUACGGAAAUUACCAGUGACGCAGGCAAUUUUUCGACAGCUAAUGGUGGCUUUUGUUGCGCGGAUGGACCUGUCAAUGCCCCUUUUAUAGAGAACGAAGUAUUGCUGGGCUCUACAGGAAUUCAGCAGCUGGGAUGUGUUCCAAGUGGCUCGUCUUUAGAAGCCUCUGGAUCGCGUAAUGGAGUUGCCGAUGACUUAGAGGUUCCUUAUGACGUCCUGCGUUCCUCACAGCAAUCAGGUCCUGCACACAAAGCGCACCGAGAGGAUGACCUUGAUUUAAUACCUUCGUUCCAGAUCCUUACUUUAAGAAACUUGUAUCUUCAUCGGAAGCUAGAAUAUGUUGUCAAGAAUGAUUCUCUUUUCUUUAAAGUAAAUGUUCCUGCAUCACAAGAGAUACCAGGUGUUAUUUCUCAAGGGUUGCGUGCAGAUGUGCUUAAGUUGUCUACAAAAAAGACUCAGAAAUCUUGCCAUGAAAUUCUUGUUAGACCAAAUCUUGAUACUUUGCGAGAGAAUCUGAAGAUGGUAAUGAAGCAGAAAUAUAUUGAAGAGCAUCUCACCAUCUAUAACCGAUCCAAUCCUCGUGAGAAGUACACUGUAAGCUUGCGUUUAACAGCCGGGCACCUUCGUAAUUUCUUUGCUGCCUCUGGGCCCAAAAAAUCAUAUACAUUUGAGCGUCUUGAACUCGCUAUUACGUCAUUCCUUAGCACUUUUUAUUCCUUAAUGAAUGGGUUAGUGAAGGGGCUUCAUGAAAAAUCAACCAUAGGAUCGAGGUUGGACAUGCAGAUAUCUGCCAACAAAAAGGAUUACGUUGGUUUAAAAAAUGGGAAUAGCAAAGAGGCUGGCUUGGCACCCGGGAAGCUAGUGAAGCAGGGAAGCUGGAGUAUGCAGAGUCAGGAUGCAUUUCAAGAGUUCGAAAAGGUCUUAGAGUCCUUCUCGAAUAGAACAGAAGGAUCUCAGCAACACGACAAUCUUUUCUUCGACCUGCAAUACCUUACAGACGAACUUGUGUUCUACAGCUUGAAGGAGCGUUGGAAUAAGGGCGGAGCUACAUUGGAAUUACCAACCGUAAAGCUUGCUAAGCUUCUCUAUUGUUGCCUAUAUCGCUGCCAGAUAUUUCAGCUGUGUUUGGAGAGUUGCCAAUCAUUUACUGCACUCGACACCCAAAUCUUAGCUGAGGAGACUAUGGAUGGUGAGUUAUACCUAACGAGGACCUCUCCUAGACGAGAUCCUGCAACCACUAGUUCCCAAAAUAAGAGCCAAAGACACCCUCUCGGCAAAGUUAUACCUAUUCCACCGAUACAUUGUUUCAAAUUCGUUGAGAAUUGGACCGGGCAGUUGAGACAUUUUUUGUCGUUUUUCCCCGACACUAGGGAUGACAUCAGUUCUCUUCGAGACCUUGAUCAGCAACUGCAGGAUGUACUUGUCUUGUGUAGUGCCGCUUUAGACCGGUAUUCAUGAACUUUUCGUUGGAGAAAUCUGUACAUUAAGUCUUCAUAAUUGGCUCCUUGUUUACUAGAUAUUAAACAGCGCCAUUUUUGUUAUUUUUUGGGAUAAAAUUUUCGCUCGUUAUACUUUUUGUGCCAAUAGAGUCACAAUUUAAAAGCCUAAUCCUAUGUGCACAUAGAUGGGACAACCCAUCCUUUUAUCACGAGUUGAAAAACUGAUCCCUAUAGUAGUACAUUUGAGUUUAUUUAAUGAAAGCAUUGUUACAGAAACCAAA